AUGGAUAUAGGUCGUCUUCAUUGCUGAGUCGCUGGAAUGAUAUUCAUUGGGAACUUCAUUAUUAUGAGCGCCAAUGUUCCAGCAUGAAGCUUCAUGAACGUGCAAACUCUCUGUUAUUAGGACUGUAUAAUAACGUUUACGUUAUGAGCUAAUCUGUUAUGAAAUCAUUGAGGUGUAUAAUGUGAAGGUCGCUGACUUAUGCUUGGGGUUGGUGAGCAGACUGUUGGUGAGUACUACACGGUAAACUACCCGAUUCCGAUCUUUGUGCAAGAAAGCAAUAUGGACUGGAAGCGCCUACUUCUCCUGAUUCUUUCGUUUAUCGUGUACCUGGCUAUUGGCGGAUUUGUCUUCUCUGCUCUGGAGGAGCCAGAAGAAUCAAGUACACGUACUGACAUAAGAGGUUACAAGGAGAGUACGUUGUCGGAAUUAGACUGCCUUUCCGAUGAGAGACUAGAAGAUAUGAUAGAGCAAAUCGUAAGAGCGGUUCACGCUGGUUUAGAUCCAAGACAGAAUCUGACAAGCAAGAGUCACUGGGACUUCAGUAGCUCCUUCUUUUUCUCCGGGACAGUGGUGACUACUAUCGGUUACGGGAGGCUGUCACCAAGAACACAAGCCGGUCAGAACUUCUGUAUUAUGUACGCUGUGGUUGGGAUCCCGUUUCUCGGGUGGCUGCUCUCCGUUGUAGGUGAAUUCUACCGGGAAAGCUUCCGUAGGUUAACCGACGGGCUUGAUCAUCUGUUGCAUGACUACUGCUCUGUGACACAGAGAAAAUUCAGACGCUGUAUGAUGUGGCUUAUUGUGGCGUCUGUCAGUUACUCCGUGUUGGUCCUCAUCCCUGCUGUACUGUUUACCUUAUUAGAGGGUUGGCCGUAUCGGAUAGCUCAUUACUAUUGCUUUAUCACACUGACAACCAUAGGAUUUGGUGACUAUGUUGCUACUGCUGAUGAUACCGGACAUGACCCGCGCGAGGAGUUAGAAAUACUUUAUGAUGUCGCUGUUGUCUUUUGGUACAUAUUUGGUCUCUCCUUUUUCGCUGUUGUAAUCAGCACAAUUGGGACAAGUCAGCAGAAGGCUGCAGCUAAGAUUGAGUCAUCUUUAAAGAACCGUCCGGUUAGGGAGAACACGUAUAAUUUGAACCAUCAUAACUUAGGAGAUGACGUAGUACAGGUCAAAGUUCAGGGAGGUAUUGUUGGACCAAUACGUUAUCAUACACCGGGGCCUGUUCUGAGCAACACAAAUCCCGUUGAUCGAAUCAAAGAAGUAUCCUCAGGAGUAGAAAAACACGAUAUCAGAGAAUGUAGUCAGGUUGAAUCUGAAACAGUGGAUAUGGCUACAGCUUCAAAUGUGUUGCCAAACAUGUCCAAUACUUCAUCACAUGAUGACACAGCAAUCUAGCCAUAGCUGUAACCGUAUCUUUAGCCGUAUAGGCCCUUUUCGAAACGACUGGAUUUGGCUUUGGAUUCGGCUCAGGGUAGCUUGGCCCCGCGGUUGUUUUGACAGUGGCGCGUACUUUGCAUAUACGCGCCCAGGGUUUCAGACGAGAGGACGGGGGCCUGAAGCCGAAUCCAAAGCCGAAGCCGUGGUUUCGAAAUGGGCCGCAGUCGCACAGCUUAAUAAAUAAUAUUUGAACUGGUACCAGGUCAAAUUUUAUAGAACUGAUGCUUCAAGGGAAGGUUUACGUUUGGUUCUCUCUUACAAUACAAGCUGUUGGUUAUAGAAGCCUAACAACAGCUUUCGCUAGUACAAAGCAUUUUGAGAACGAUUAACCUCAAAGUAAUAUGACACAAAACUUGAAUUUGAGAAGAGUCAGUAACGCUUCUCAGAUUGUGUUAUUCGUAUUAGGACAUCGCUCCGGAUUUUUGGCGAUAUCUUGAAAAUGCAACCACACAUUAGUUUUAUUGUAAACAUCUGCAUUCAUUAUUAAAUAUUAACACAAUUAUCUAGGGAACUUUAUUGGCUUCCGAUUAGCAAAUUCAUUUUUGAACUUGAUGACAAGUCGUUAGGCGCCGCCUUUGUUACUAACACACAUUCUGCUUCAUGCAACAGUCACAGUGCAAUUAUACAAAUGCAACGGUUGUAGGUAGCGCGUGGCAGCUCUAUUGCCAAUGACUCUCACCAUUCUCACACACACAUACUUGGAUCGAGGAUGAGUGUACCGUGAGUGUACCGUCCCCGUGACCACACCGUGACUAUUACCGACUUGAAUUCAAGACUAAUUCAUUUGAGGACUGCUCUUCUAUAGUUUAUAAAUGCUUAAAAAACUACUCCUCGACCUAGUUCCACUUUACUGUCACAUUACAAUCACUAAAAACAGUACUGUCACUUAAAAGCUAGGCCUAUGAUUUCGAACAAUCGUCUUGUCAAUAGGGAAUCGGUUACUUCUUCUACAUUUUAUAAUUGCUUUAAUGUGCGUAACCUUGAUGGAAUAGCGCAUUUUAAAUGUUAAUUUGUAUGUUAUGGUCUAGCAUUUUCUUCAGAACUAACUACACCGGCAUUUUUUUCACGGAUAAACUUCGUUUUAAUGCAAUGAUGGCAAUGAAGGUUGCUUGAUGUCACUUGAAUAAUUAAAACAGUUAACAAUUUUGUGCUGGUACAUCGUUGAAUUGCGAAACCGUAUAUUGAGGACUGUACGGGGAAUUGAACAGCCACUUAACAUUGACGGUGGCUGAUAUUUAAAGGAAUUGGACACCUUUGGAAAUUGUUAAAAAGGCUUGUAUUCUGACUUGGUGUAUCCCGACACAUGCAUUAUUAAGCCUGUGAAAAUUUGGAUUCAGUUAUUGGUCGUCGAAGUUGAACUAAAAUAAUGCAGACAAAACACCCCUUGUUGCACAAAGUGCUUUCAGCUGCCUGCAAAAUGCUUCAGACCUGAAGUAUUUUAUUAUUUGACUGAGAAAUUACCUAUUUCUCAAACACAGCAUUACCUGAG